CAAAGACCGUCUAGACUCAGCCGGCUGAGUGGCUCUCCGUCUCCCUCUAGCUUGUUAGCCUGCGCUCUCCUUUUCUGUCCUGCAACACCUCCACAACCUGCUGAUUUCUCUCUAAACCUCCUCUUUCCCUCCACUCAUCUCUUUUCAGCUCUCCUCCUAAUUUUAUCUCAAGUCUAGUGCAUGCUGACUCCAUCGUCUUGUUUCCCUUGACAUUCAUCGCUGUCAUUUCUGGCUCCUCAGAGGUGAGGAGACAUGAAGGUGGAGGAUCGUGCAGACAGGCUGCCUCACACUAAACUAUGGAAUGCUCUGUGCUGAAACCAUCACUAGUCUCAAGUCUUUGGACUAGGCUCCAGACUCUUAGUUAGCAGCUGUGCUUCUCCCCUCGAACUCUUUCUAAACAGGGGACGAAGAAAAGGAGUCUACUUGGGGUCCUCCUAAUAAAAAGGCACAGAGCACUUUUUCCCUUUUUACUACAUCGAAGAUUUUUUUUUUCUCCAGCUUGGAUUUUUAAUUUUGUGGUGCAAAAAGAAUCAUUUCAAUAUGGAGUUGGAGUCGUAUCUGUGGAUGGUUAUUCUGGGCUUCGUCAUUGCCUUUAUCCUGGCGUUUUCGGUUGGCGCCAACGAUGUGGCCAACUCUUUUGGCACGGCGGUGGGGUCCGGUGUGGUCACUCUGAAGCAGGCCUGCAUCCUGGCAUCCAUCUUUGAAACGCUGGGCUCAAUACUACUCGGAGCUAAAGUGGGAGAGACGAUCAGGAAGGGCAUCAUCGAUGUCACCCUCUACAACGAAACCGUGCCCAUCCUCAUGGCAGGCGAGGUCAGCGCCAUGGUCGGCUCGGCUGUUUGGCAGUUAAUUGCCUCCUUCCUCAAACUCCCCAUCUCCGGGACUCACUGCAUUGUUGGAGCGACCAUCGGCUUUUCCAUGGUGGCCAUCGGCACAAAGGGCGUGCAGUGGAUGCAGCUUGUUAAAAUUGUGGCUUCAUGGUUCAUCUCUCCUUUGCUCUCUGGACUCAUGUCUGGUUUCCUCUUCCUGCUCAUCAGACAUUUCAUCCUCAACAAGGAGGAUUCUGUCCCUAAUGGCCUGCGAGCGCUGCCUCUCUUCUACGCCUCCACCAUCGGGAUCAACACAUUCUCCAUCAUGUACACCGGAGCCCCAUUGCUUGGCUUGGAGAUGCUACCGGUGUGGGCCAUCUUCCUCAUCACGUUGGCGGGGUCGCUGGUCUGCGCCGGCUUGGUCUGGAAAUGCGUCUGUCCUUGGAUGCGGAAGAAAAUAGCAAGUCGGUUAAAGAAGGAGCAGGCUCUGUCCAGGAUCUCUGACGAGAGCCUGGAUAAGAUUCCUGAAGAGGAGGAGGAGGAGAGCCCGGUCUUCAAAGAGCUACCGGGGGCGAAGGGCACAGACGAGGCGGUGUUGCCGCUCACAGGAAGCAGCAGCGACCGAGGGCCCCGCGACGCCAGCGGGGAGCUCACCAACCUGGUGAACGGAGGUCACGUCCUGCCAAACGGCAGAGUUUACGGUCGGACUCACUCGAUGACCAACGGCUGUCUUAAAUCCCCCAUCUCCAACGGCAGCUUCAGCUUCGAUGGUCACACGCGCAGCGACGGCCAGGUCUACCACACCGUGCACAAGGACUCGGGUCUGUACAAAGACCUGCUUCACAAAAUCCACCUGGGCCGCAUCGACGACAACGAGCGCACCAUCUCCAGCUCUGGUGCGCCCGACAACAACUACCGGCUGCUGCGCCGCAACAACAGCUACACCUGCUACACGGCGGCCAUAUGCGGCAUGCCCGUCCAGCCCAUCAAGCGCUCGGAGUCCCGGGACGACGGCGAAAAGCUGGUCGGGGAGGGAGGCGGCAGGAGCAACAGCGUGUCUUACUCCAAGAAGAGGAUACGCUACGAUAGCUACUCGUCAUACUGCAACGCUGUCGCCGAGGCGGAGAUUGAAGCAGAGGAGGGCGGGGUGGAGAUGAAGCUGGCCACGGAGCUGGAGGGGGUCACAGAAGAAGGAACUCCAGCUCCAGAGCCGCUGGAUGACUUGGAGGACCACGAGGAGAAGGACAAGUCGGAGGUGUUUCUGCUGUUUCACUUCCUGCAGAUCCUCACCGCCUGCUUCGGCUCUUUUGCACACGGAGGCAACGACGUCAGUAACGCCAUCGGCCCGCUGGUUGCUCUGUGGAUGAUCUACGAGCAAGGAGGUGUGAUGCAGGAUGCAGCCACUCCCAUCUGGCUGCUGUUCUAUGGCGGUGUGGGCAUCUGUGCCGGCCUGUGGGUUUGGGGGCGCCGCGUCAUCCAGACAAUGGGAAAAGAUUUGACACCCAUCACUCCUUCAAGUGGAUUCACUAUUGAGCUGGCUUCUGCCCUCACAGUGGUGCUUGCUUCCAAUAUCGGAAUCCCUGUCAGCACCACACACUGCAAGGUGGGCUCGGUCGUGGCCGUGGGCUGGAUCCGCUCCAAGAAGGCGGUGGACUGGCACCUCUUCAGGAACAUCUUCCUGGCGUGGUUCGUCACCGUCCCCGUGGCCGGCCUGUUCAGCGCCGCCAUCAUGGCCCUGUUCGUCUACGGCAUCCUGCCCUACGUCUGAGGGGCUGGGGGCGGAGUCAGAGGGGCGGAAGAUGAGAAAAGGAAGAUUUGUGAAAGAGUGAAGAGGAGGGAGAUGUUUACAAGUGGUUCUGCUCUGAAUGUGUGUGUGGGUUCACAUCCUGUCUGGAUGCAUCAUCUGCAGGUUCUCCUGACUCGAGUUCAGAUUUUGUUUUUAUUUGGUUUUUAUUAAUUUAUUCUCGUUUUGAGAAGAGUUUCAAACACAUCGUUCAAUCUGCUGUAAAAAUAACAAACGGGAACCUUCUGCUGCAGCCUCAAUUAAAAAUAAAGAACAAAAAGUCUCAAAGCUCAAAUUAAAUCGAAAACUUGGAAAACUCAUCCUGCAGAGUUUAGUAGCGUAGCGGCGAUUCCAAAAACAAGUAAACUUGUACAUACGGUUUUCAUGCUUGGGGUGUGAGUUUUCUUGCUUUAACACUAAUGGCGUGUGGCGUUCGACCCCAUCCAUCUCACACUGAUGAGCAGCAGGCGAGCGCGAUGGACGCCUCAUGAAAACGUCGCUCCGUUUUUGUUUUUUACACCAUAGAAACCUAACAUACUAAAGAGUUGAUUUUCUGUGGGGCGCUCCUCUGUUUCUAGAGACGGAUCAUAUAUUUUUAAUGAUGUAUUAUAUUGUAAUUUGUAUUGUACAUAGACUGUAAGGAGGGGGAGGGGGGGUGAAGUUACUUUUUAUGUUGCAUUGUGGGAGCAGGA